AUGCCGUUUCAUAAUCCUGAAGAUAAUUAUAUAUACUUUGAAUAAGAGAAUUCUUUGGUUGAAUUUAAGAAAAUGAGAUCAGAAGGAUUAGGAAAGGUCGGCAGGCUUCCUUUGAAUCCUUUAAUCAAGAAGAACCCAUAAACCCCAAUAUUCAACAAGCAAAAGAACAUUUAAAAAAGAUUAGGCACCCGGAGUAGAAGACAAGGCAGUAUUCUUUUGAAUUCUCAAUUUAAAAAUUACAAGAGUGCAUUAAUAUCUACAAAAUCAAUGGAUUAUAUUACGCUAUGUAAUCAUAGCAAUAAUAAUGAAUUUGUUUCUUAAUGUAGAGAAACAAUAUUAAAAAUCAAGUGUUUAAUUUUUGGAGUAAGAUUAAAAGAGUUCUAAUUGAAGACUCAAAAUGAAAAUAUUGAGAAAUCCCAAAUUGGGUAGCCAUCUCCUAUCAGAGAAUAUGCACAAAUCGAUGAUUUAAUAUCACAAAUUUGA